AUGCACUUAAAUAUGACGAUUAGAGGUGUUCGUUUUUCAUUAUUUCCUUUAGUUAUGCUGUAUACUGUUCUCUUCUAUAUUGCUAUUGCCGUUGCUGUGCUUGCUGUUGUUGUUCUUGCUUGGCUUUGGUACAUGGGUAUGUUUAGCAGGAUCCAUGUCUCUUUACGUGAGGUUCCUGAAAUGACCAUCAUUAAUAUGAACUACACGGGAAAUUAUCAAGAUUGCUGCAAGGGAUUCACGGAUAUGGAACAGAAAACAAAGGAUCUGUUGGGGGAGUUGGGAGAUAUCCCUGUUAUGGGUAGUGCGUACUACACCUCCCCUAACGAAGUGGCUGAUCCAAAGGACAACCGUUGGAGCUGCUUCUUUGUUUUGAACGAUGUUCCUGAACUUCUGGCCAAGGCAAAGGCUUUGCCGAAAUCUACAGAGUAUACUGUUAUCACUCUUCCCAAAUCGCGGGCAAUUAGUGGGACCUUUGCUUAUCGCAACUCUCUCUCCUUUAUGUUUGGCCCUAUGAAAGUAUAUCCUGCUAUAACGAAGUUUUCGAAUGAAACUCUGAUAAAACCAGUGGGCUGUAUCGAGUUAUAUCAUUCCAACAAGCAGCCGAUCGAUUACCUUAUGUACAUUGAAAACGAGAAGGUAUUUGAGGAAAUGAAGAAAACUACCUUCGUUGCUGCAGAUCGGUUAUAACUUGAUCUUCUGCUGUU